AUGGCCUCGACCGCUGUCCUCAAGAGCGUGCGGGCGCACCCCAAGCUCCUGUCACUGCAGCACGUGGAAGACGCCUUCCUCCUCUCGUGCACAGCCAACGCGCCCAUGACGCCCCUCGGCCACGACGCGUCCAUGUUCACGGCCGCCACCGUCUCCCCCCGCGACCCCGCGGCCAAACUUGCGGCCGCAGCAGGCGCUGCGGCAGGCGCCGCUGCGGCAUCGGCGUCCGUGGCCUCGACCAGCCCCACGGCCGCCAAGUUGCAGUCGCUCCCCGUGGCUGCGUUCGCCAGCCACCGCGCGUGCAUUCCGUCGUCGUCGGCCUCGAGCGACGACGCGUCGGACGACGAGCUCGACGACGAGACGGACGACAGCGGCCGAGCAGCGGCCGCCAGUGCCUCAUCGGCGGCGUCUGCUGCGGCCACGUCGUCGUCGUCGGUCAAGAGCAAUACGGGCCGCUGGACCGAAGCCGAGCACCAGCUGUUCCUGCAGGGCCUCGAGACCUUUCCCUACCGCGCGUGGAAGAAGAUUGCGACGCUGAUCAAGACGCGGACGGUCGUGCAGAUCCGCACGCACGCGCAAAAGUACUACCAGAAGCUCGAGAAGGAGGAGGCGCGGCUCAAGGAGCGCCAGGCACAGGACCGGGCGGCACUCGCUGCGGCGACGACGACUACUGCUACUGGUGCCACGGGCGCUGCUGCGACGUCGCCGUCGCUGCCGUCGCUGCUGCUGGCGCCGCCGUCCAGUCCCACGGCGCAGAAGAAAAAGAUGCACUUGAUGCGCAAGCGCAAGUGCUCGUUGCUGGACAUGGACACGGACAGCGACGCACUGGUGCUGCCGAGUGUGCCGAAGCGUCUCGCCCGCGAGCUGCCGCUGGCGGCGCACAUGUCGCCCAAGCAGAAGCAGCUGUCGUCGCUCUCGGGCGCCAAGAUGCUGCUCGGCGGCCAUCAUUCCAUGGACGCGCGGUUCGUGUUUGGUCGCAGCUCCAAGAGCCACGCGGGGAUGCAGGCGGCGCACCAGCUGCCACUGGACUUUGCCGACGCGGCAGCAGAGGCCAUGAUCUUGGACUUUGCCGAGGACAAAGUGCUGGCCGACUACUCGCUCGACUGCGUGGACCAGACGCUCGCGUCGAUUGACAAUGACGAUCUGCUGCAGUUGACCGAGGAAGAGCUCGAGUGGUUCUCGACAACGAGCACCGAGAGCGCGUCAGUGAGCGGCGACGUGUUGACGGACGGUGCAAUGGACGUGGCAGGCGCCGAGUGCUGCAUCCCGGAGAGCGACCCGACGGCGCUCGACUGCGAGAACUUUGCCGCCGACUUGUGUCUGGACGACGAGGACUUUGUGCUGGACCCGGAGAAGUUUCUGUCGAGCUACUUUGCCCCGAGCGAGCAGGCUUGA